AUGUCCGAACUUCCCCGGGAGAUUGAAAAGCUUCAGCGUUUGCUGAAGAAAGCACGGCGGGAGAAAGAGGAAGCAAAGGCGCGAGAAGAGGAAGCAAAGACGCGAGAAGAGGAAGCAAAGGUGCGAGAAGAGGAAGCAAAGAAGACCACGCUGGAGGAAUAUUUAUACAACUGCCAUUUCCACCUCUAUACGAAACUCGGGUUCGCCGACAAGUCCAAGUUCGACGGACUCGCUACGCGAGUCGACAACAAAUACUAUCCUAAGUGGCUACGUCCUUGGAACACCUUCGCCAGCUACCAGCGACACCAACAUUUUGACGAGAUCAGGAGGGUCUGCGGAGCUACUGUCUCUUACGAUCCGGCUGGUAAUGAGAACGCCGUCGAGUACUUCGAGAAGAUCGCAGUUGAAGUUCCCGUGCGGGAAAUCCUGGCGCCCGUCUGGGAUCAGGAGGGCUCACAUGGGGAGCACCGGAUUACGAUGUUACGAUUCAGUCACAACGUCCGCGACUUCACGCAACCGAGCGAUAGUCGGAUUGGAGAUGAUGACCCAAACGAGGAAAGGCAGGAGCGACGACGGCCGGCCGGGACCACCAUGCGAAUCGCAUCCACAAGAGAAUUUCAGCCGCCACCAGUGAAACCUGAUGGAGGGGGCAUACGUACGCACCUGGACGGUGACGAGAGCAUGGCUUUUGUCUAUGACUUUAAGGCAGCUCACAAGUUUGCGGCGGCGUACCUCAAGGCCACACUUGCGAAAGAGAAACUGUUUUCGGAGGUCAUCGCAAGGUACAACAGCAAUAAAUACAAGAGCAAUGCCAAGCUGCAGGAGCAAGAGAGGGAGGAAACCCGGAUUGCCAUGGCGCUAACACAAGUCUUCGACUAUAUGGUUUGGCAAUACUGCACACAGGCCUGCUUGUUGAGCCUCAAGAGAGGCUGGGAUCUCGACGCCAAUUGCCCCAAUGUGCCCUCGCAUCGCACCGCCGAAGGCGGUAUCCGACACCCCAUCGACGCCGGCGAGUUCACCCGCCUAGUGGGCGAGCGGCUGCGCCGGAAUCCUUAUCGAAACUGCAAGGCGCUGGACGGCCAAGGCAAGGUUGGGGCGACAGGGGUGCUCUUCAAGUUAGAGCUGGCGCCGUAUGGCUACACAUUCGUGGGCAAGGGAACGCUGUCGGAUCAUCUAUACCGCCUGGAGCACGAGAGCCGUAUCUACGCGCAUCUCGACAAGCUCCAGGGCGAGGUGGUGCCGGUCCACUUUGACAUCGUCCGACUGGCUAGGGGUUACGUCCUCCCUGGCGGGGCAAGGGUCGUUCACAUGAUGCUAAUGUCGUGGGGCGGCGAAGUGGCCGUGGAGGUGGGGGUGCCGGACUUAGCGGCUGAGGUGAGGCGUUCUUCGCAGGCCGUCUGGGCCGAGGGUGUCGACCACGGUGACGAGCGCGAACCCAAUCUGCUCUGGAACGACGAGCGCCGCCGCGUCAUGCUCGUCGACUUCGACCGCGCCAACCUUCUCCCAGCUCCCAAACACAAGCAGCUUUUCCAUUUAUCCCGGGAUAAGAGGAAGCGGCAGAGAGACGGUUUGGAGCUCGUAGCAGGAAACGUGGCUUGCUACGAGAUCAUUUGCAAGUGGUGGAAUAGCCUUUCGUAUCUUUUCCGUUCCUGCUGCUUGAAGCCUUACUGCUCUGAACUGGCGGGACGUGAAGUUCCAGCCAAGCAAACCACUGCAACUACCCAAAAUUUCCCCUCAAGCGGACUAGCGCAUACAAUGAAUGGGGCAGGAGUCUGA